GUAGCUAGUGUAGGAGCGCAGCGCUGAGCUGUUUUAACAUCGGAGAUGGCGUUGAAACGGGGGAGAACGACCGCCCGUGCUGGCCGCGACAGAGGGAACAGAGGAGCAAGUCGCCGCGCAGGCGCCGAAUCGGCCAAAUUGGGGCAGAUCAUGAGGCCGACACAGCCGCCGUCGUCGUCCUUGUCAGCGCUCUCUGUUGUGGCAUGGCAUGGCCACGCUGCGCUGUCGAGGGAGACGUCUCGGUCAGUCGUGGUCGCUGACUAGUUGAAGCGUUUUCGACACUGACCUGACAGGGCAACCACACCCGGCGCCUGAGUCCUUGACCGUGCUCCUGCUCUUGCUCUCUCUGUGUGUGUCUCUCUCUUGCACGUGUGGCGGGGCUGUCUCGGUCCGACACAGAUGCGCGCGCGGGCAAACAGCAAGGGCGGUGGCUCGGCUUACUUCUCAAACACCAAGUGGCGCGCGGUGUGGCUGCACGAUGCACCAAGACGACGACAUCAUCGUUGACGACGGGCCGGGCGACGAAGCAUCGAGGCCCGCUGGCAAUAGCAGCAGCAGUGGCGUCAGCGUCAGCGGCAACGGCUCGGCCAUGGACAAGGGUAAGGGCAAGGAACGGAAGCGGGAGCGAGAGCCGGAGCAGGAGCAGGAGCAGGAGCAGGAGCAGGAGCAGGGCCUGCCCAAGGCCCAAGUGUGGCUCAACGGCAUAUACAAUGGCAUUCUCGAUGACGAUGACCGGCCAGUGCUGCCUCCGCCGUCACCACGGCCACCCAAGCUAGCUCUCUCAGGUCUCUACAUGAGAGCGUACGAUGAAGGCGACGGCAAGUACAGCUUCUAUGAGGUCGAGGACAAUGACGAAGACGAGGACGAGGAUGGGGACGGGGUUGGGGACUACGACGACGACGAUGAUGAUGGUGAUGAUGAUGACGACGACGAAGACUACGACGAGGUCGAGGAAGGAAACGGAGAAGGCUCCUACCGCUUCUUUUUCAACUUCGACCCAACCAAGGUCCAACACGAGCGAGGCCAGGGCAGCAGUAGUGGCAGCAGCGCAUACAUGAACGCCACCGUCAGCACCAGUUUUGGCAGUAGCAGCCGCAGCCGCAGCCGCAGCCGCAGCCGCGUCGGGAGCAGAAGCAGUCUCAGCAACAGCAACGGCAGCAGCAGCAGCAGCAGCAGCAGCGCCGGUCACAGCAGCAACAGCAGCAACAACAGUAGCAGCAGCAGUGGCACCAGUCUCGGCAGCAGCGAGGACUACCCAUGGCGGUCAGCACUCGAGCUGAGGCGCUACGACGACUUCCUGGACAGCAGCUGCGCCUCGGACGACUACGCCUCAGACGAGGUUGGCUCUGCAUGGUCCUCGUCGACGGACGCAACCAUCAAAGCCUCCAAGGUCAAUGCGCGCAGGGCCCGGCGAGGCUCGUCGAACAACAAGGGCAAGGGCAAGGCGCCAAUGAAGAAGGCCCACUUCGACUACGAAGCGCUUAGAAAAGAAGAGGAGGACAGGCAGCGGUCGUCAUCUGCCAUGCCCGUUGGCUGGCGCGAGAGCCAAUGGGACAGGGUCAAGACGCUGGCGCGUUCAGCCCUCGCUCCCAUAAGCAGGCACUGAUGAUCAUCGUCGGGCCAGGUACUCGACUCAUCAGGUGUUCAGCAAGGCAUACAGAAGGGUAGAAGCAGCAACAGCACUCACAAGCAAGCAACAAUCACACAAGGCAACAUCACCUUUACCAUCACCAACGCAGCAGCGUAGAGCGAUCUGCAAAAAGAUAGGGCAUUCCUGCCACAACCGGGGCAACAGUGAAGAACGACGAACGACAUACAGAGUCCCACAACCAAUUCAGCAGCGUAGAGCCACAAGCUUGAACCGCGCGCGAUAUCCAGAUAAGGCAUCCACACCGUCACUACAAACAAAGAAGGGCAUAAUUGUCACGGGUCAUCACAACUGUAACUAUAGCUACAUCCAUUCCCAC